CGUCCGCGCCGCUGCAUCAGCGCAUCUAAAUAACACUAACAUUUUCCCAUGCUAUUACAAACAGCAAUCAGAAAAUAACAUUCGGAGGUGAACGGUAACGGCGUUUGCGUUGCUGUAAAAGUUGUGAUAGUGAAUUGAUCGUUAGUUUAUUCAUGUAGUAUGCAAAAUUCAGUUUCAUAACAAGUGAAAAGGUGACUAUCGAUAGCGCGGAGGUUAAUUGACCACGGUUAAUUGAUGCUAGAAAUCGCUAAUCGUUUGCAAAUAGUAGUGAAUCGUAGUGAGAUAGGAGUGAUUUGGCGCGAUGUCUUUUUCUGUCUGUCAGCGAGUCGGUUAAUCGUCGGAGGAGUCGUUUGAGCCGGAUACUACCGCAAGUGUGCCAGUGUCCGAGCGCGCGAUUUCUCCGCGUCACGCACGUCCGGCCGGCUUGCAUACUCGCAAUCCUCUCGCCGUUGAUUGAUUCAAUAGGCUAUUUGACAACUUACAAACAAUGUAAGAACAGACAUUUACUUAAAAUAUGAGUUCUUUUAGGGCAUUUCAUUAAUGUAAAUAAAAAGAAAACUGAUGAAAAUAAACAACAGUUUUGUUUAGUGCACUCUUUUAGAUAAAUUUACCUAUUGUAAAAGCUCUAAAUUAGCUAAAGCUACCAGAAUUUCAUAAGCUUUAACAUUUGUGUUCUAAUGCCAUUUUUUUCAUCAUAUGCCAGCAUGAGGCUAUAUUGCUCAAGAUAGAGUUUUGCCUCCAUAUAGACAGUGAAUUUUCGAUUGGAUAUCUUAAUCAAAAACAACUCUUGGCGGGAGAAGAAUAAACACGAGAAGCAGAGUAAUCUAGGGUGGUUUUUAGAAUCAAGUCAAAUAGCCUAUUACAAAAUCAUUGGAUUUGCAUGUUCUGGUGUGCGCGGUGCGGUGCGGCCGGCAGUGAAAGUGCGCGGGCGCAUGAUGCCGCUCAGCUGAGCUGACGUCGCUCGUGACGUCGACAUGGGCCAUGUGGAGGAUCUGCAGCGUCAGUAAGGCCGAGCCGGUGCUCUUCGGCGAUAACGUUGAUGAUGAUUACCCGACAUGGCGGUUGUGGGGCGAGGAGCGCGUGGACGGAGCCGUCUACACCGUCUACCUGAAGAAGGUCCGCUACCACCGGCCUACAAGGAGCGCAUCUAGUGAAUCAGACGACGAAAUAUCGCACCUCGAGUGGGAGACGGUGCGCGUGCGCUUCGUGAAGGCGGGCACCGUAGAGCGGCUGGUGGAGGCGCUCGCCACCGACGACGGCGAGCUCGAGUCCACCUACGUCAACGUGUUCCUCGCCACAUACCGUUCAUUUGCGGAAUGCAGUCGAGUGCUGGAUCUCUUGCUGCGACGAUAUGAAGCCUUGGCUGCCGAGGACGUGGUCCCCGCCGCGGUCGACACCUCACAACAACAUAGAAAGACUCUGGUGGCAUGUCUCCACGUGUGGCUGGACACCUACCCGGAGGACUUUCGUCAACCACCGCACCACCCUGCACUGCAACAGCUACUCGCCUUCACCCAGCUUCAUUUGCCAGGAUCGGAGCUUCAUUCGAAGGUGUUACAGAAGUUAGCAGUAUUCAGUGCAGAACGCAACGGGUCCGGCGCGGGCGGCAGCGUGUGCCUGGCGCCCGGCAUGCGGCUGGCGGCGCACCACACCAGCGCCUACCGCCUGCCGCACGUGCCCCACCGACACUUCGCCGAGCAGCUCACGCGCAUGGACAUGGAGCUGUUCAAGAAGCUCGUGCCGCACCAGUGCCUCGGCGCCGUCUGGUCCCGCCGCGACAAGGACCGGUCCCACGACGCCGCCACGGUGCUGGCCACCGUCAACCAGUUCAACGCGGUCUCCUUUCGCGUCAUAUCGACCGUCCUCGUCGAGCCCAACCUCAGGCCUCUCGAGCGCGCCGAUAUCUUAGCCGCCUGGCUCGAUAUAGCCCGCGAGCUGAGAGUCCUCAAAAACUUUUCCUCGCUCAAAGCGAUCAUCUCCGGAUUACAGAGUAACCCGGUGUACCGACUCAGGAAAACGUGGGCUCUCCUUCAGAAGGAGAAGGCCGAACUGUACGAUGAGUUGGCGCGAAUAUUUAGCGAAGACAACAAUCGUUGGGCUCAGAGGGAGUUGUUGAUGCGAGAGGGCACCGCCAAGUUUGCCGAUACGGUGGGCGAGAACGAUAGACAGCUUCAGAAGUUACUCCAUGAGAGGGGCUCGCCCGGCGUGAGUCACGGAACGAUUCCGUAUCUGGGGACGUUUUUAACGGAUCUCACGAUGAUCGACACCGCCAUACCCGAUACAGUGGCGGAUGGUCUGAUCAAUUUCGACAAACGAAGAAAAGAAUUCGAGGUGCUGGCGCAAAUAAAACUGCUGCAGGGCGCCGCCAACGCGUAUCAUUUGCCGACCGAUCCGAUGUUCGACAGAUGGUUCGACUCGGUGAUAGUGCUCGACGACCGGGAGGCGUACCAGCUCUCGUGUCAGAUCGAGCCGCCGACUAAUCCGCCGAAGGACAGGCGGCCGAAGAAGAUGAACGACAACAACAAUCAAGGUCACAGGAAGAACGAUUCGAUAGCCAGCACGAGUUCGAGUAACUCGUCUCAGUUCUACUGCGAGACGGACGGGGCGGGCAACGCGUGGAAGCGGGAUAGUUUGGAGCGGCGCACGUCGCCGACGCGGCUGUCGCACGGCUCAUCGUCGUCGUCGCUGCCGUCGCUGGAUGUGUCACUAUCGAGCGCCAACAGCGGGCAGAAGGCCAACGGGAAAGCGGGUGGCGCAAGCCCGGCGCACGCUACGCGCACGGGGCCUGACUUCUACAUCAUCCGCGUCACAUACGAGUCAGAUUGCGUGGAGACCGAGGGCGUGGUGCUGUACAAGUCCAUCAUGCUGUGCAACAACGAGCGCACGCCGCAGGUCAUCCGCAACGCGAUGCUGAAACUUAAUCUCGACGGCGAUCCAGAUGGAUACACUUUAGCACAAGUUUUGCCCGAUAGAGAAAUGGUGCUACCGGCGAACGCAAACGUGUACUACGCAGUGAACACCGCGUACAACCUGAACUUCAUCCUGCGCCCGCGCAAGCCGCAGCCCGAGCCCGUGGCCAACGGCCGCGCGCGCAAGCGCCCGUGACUGCGUGCUUUGUGGCGUUCUUCGCACACGUGAAGUGCUUUCGAACAUCGAGCUGGCCACAUAGAAUAAAAAAGAAAAACAUCAAGUAAUAUUGUCUUUGCACUGGCCACAUGUAAUAAAAAAUAACAUCAAGAAAAACAUCAAGUAAUAUUGUCUUUGCACUGGCCACAUGUAAUAAAAAAUAACAUCAAGUGAUCUUGUCUGUUGACUGGCCACAUACAAUAAAAAAUAAUAUCAAGUGACCUUGUGGACUACUUUUCUGCUAUACUCAUCGCUUCGUCCAGUGGAUAUCAGAUAAUCGAGGCGCGUCUUUUUGUGUGUUUUUGAACUAUACCGAACUAAGUGCAACAUCACGACAUCGAUUACCUUUAGACACAGGCGCACAAACCCAAAUGUCCCUUUACACAGAAGCUUUUUAUGGGCAGGUUGGAAGUCAUAUACUCUGACUGAAUAUAACGAAAAUAAGGUUGUUGUGUGUAUUGGUAGCUACGUGAUACAUUUGGGACCUCUAGUUUCCGAGUUCGGUGGAUGUCGUGACAACUUGUCAAAGUUUAGUCAGUCAUAGCACGUCAUAGUUAAUUUUUAUGACUGGCUGUCACCAACACCAGCUGAGCUUUAACGCCUUCAAAGAAAAAUUUCUUUUCUGCCUGUGUAUGCAUGCAUGUUGAUGUAUUAAGCUGUUAAUUUUUGCCACUGAGCUCAGAAACUGAUGGUAAUUGUAAAUGUGUGAAAAGUGUUGAGUUAGAUACGACUGUAUAUCUGGAGUUACAUAAAAGGGCCAAACCCAAUACAAUCCGGGGUAGCAUUCCUGUGAUCUUGUACAAAUCUUUCGAGUUCCUUUGGUAUUUAUUAUACUCCUUGUGUGAAUUUGUAUACUCAUUGUGACUAUUCGCAAGAACUGUUCAAUGUCUGUGUUCAUAGUGUACUUGUAUAGUGCAUUUUGAAGUGUUUAUAUUGAUAACUGAUGUAAAUAAUAAAGUAAUACCAUGCCACCUUAUAGCAUUAAACCGUCAUUGUUGUUUAGUCGCCUAUGUAUACUCUUAGAUGUGACAACAUGUUUGUAUAUAAGAAAAUUGUGUAUAUAAAGAAUCUCAUAAAACUAAAACGAUACUGAGCCAAAGGCAGAUUGUUAUGUCUUGUAGUAAGGUGCUGUCUCUCUUAUACAAUAUAAUAGUAGCUUUAAAUUAGUAAAAUGUUGGAAAACCGAAUUUCAUUAAUGUAUAAUCAUAACAUUAAUAAUCUAACAAAUACUGAAAACAAAUAUUUUCGUCCAUUUUUUCAGUUUAGUAGAAAGUUGCAAAGAAACCUAUCUUCAUUAGUUGCAAGCAAUAGUAGGUAGCCAAUUUAUAUAACUGAUAUUAAAUUUAUUCAGCGAAAUUUUCCGAGGCGUUUAUAUUUUAUUUUUCAUUCUAAUUGGAUUGUGUAUUGGCAAAAGGUAUAAUAAUGUUGAAAUGAGACUAUUUGUAUGUGUAUUGUAUUAAAAUUGUCAUAAUAAAAUAUAGCAAAGUUUAUUGUACUAGAACAAUUUAUUAAAUAUUUUUGUAUUUAUGAACUUUAUAUUGUGUACUUUCCAAGAAAGUUGAUUAAUUUUGUAUUAUUAAAUAUAAUAAUCGAUCAUAUUUAAAACUUACUCAAAGGAAAUAAUUAGAUAUUAUUUGUUUUUUUUUUUAUAUUUUGGAUAUUUUUUAAUCUAAUUAGCAGGACUUUUUGCAUUAAGGCUGAGUUAAACAUUUAUUUAUUAUCAUAUUAUUAUCAUUUAAGUAUACAUAUUAGAAAUUUCUUAUUUGUUCGGAUUUACUGUUUAAAUGUGUACACCUAUUUGUUUGUGUAUGUAUAUUUGUAUGUUACCUGCCCGAUGCAUGACUCAUUCAUUAACUAUUGUCUGUAAAUACUUUGUACCUAAUUAUUUGUAAUUUUGUAGUUUUCCACCAACGUCCGUAACAUGUUUAUAACUGUGUAAUAAACGUUAAUGAUACCCCUUA